AUGGAAUUAAUAUCAACGGUGGCGAGCUGGUUCACUCCGACGACUCUUUUCCUCCUCCUCAAUCUCAUGAUCGGCACGAUCGUCAUCACUUCUAGCUUCGGAUCAGGUUCAAGGAAACACCAACCGCACCACGAUGGAUUCGGGUCGGGUCAUGCUCCGUUAACCAGAGCUCCGUCCAUCAUCGACCGAGUCAAGUCCAUCAAUUUUCAUCUCUACAAAUUUCCUCCUCCAGAAACAGAGCUUUUCUCGAUGACGACCCACCACGACGUAAUCGGGCCGGAUCUUCAUGUAUACCCGGAUCCAAACCCGCCUCCGCUACAACGCGUCCCUUCUCUCCUGGAUCGGGUCAAAUCCAUCAACAUGUCGUACUUCAAGUUCCCACACGACGCAACCGGGUCGGAUCCUCACCAUCAUUCCCACUCUCACCCGGACCCAAACCCGAAUCCGCCUCCGUUGCAACGCACUCCUUCUCUCCUGGAUCGGGUCAAAUCCAUCAACAUGUCAUACUUCAAAUUCCAGCAGUAUAACCCGGAGGAGAGUGAUUACGCUACUCAAACGGAGCCAACCCGAUUCGAAAGCAUUCCGACCCGGAUGGGUCGGGUUGAUCCGAUUGAUAUCUCAAAAUUCAGGAUUCCGGAGGAAGACCAACCGACUACAACUGACCGGCCCGUUUUAACUCGGACUCCCUCCAUCUUGGAACGGGUCAAAUCCAUUAAGCUAUCUUCCUUUUACAGAUCCGACCCGGAAACCCAUCAGGAUCCGAAUUCGGCUCCUCACGAAGACCACAAGCAUGUCAGGAGCAAACCGGAAUCGAAGAAACCGGUGAAGAAGAAGAAGAAAGCGACGGGGAAGAUGACGAAAUCAGCGAGCGAAAAAUCGGGGAUGGGUUUCGUCGGAAGCUCUGAGGCGGCGGAGACGGUGGAUUCCGUCGAACGGAGGAGACCAGACACAACGAGAGUCGAGAGAACGACGUCGAACGGCGACAGCGAAGAAUGCGUCGACGCGAAAGCUUCAGAUUUCAUCAACAAGUUCAAACAUCAGCUGAAGCUACAGAGACUCGAUUCGAUUCUGAGGUACAAGGAGAUGCUCAAAGGCAAGUGA